GCCAACUCAGGAGGAGCCAUGGGGCGCUGGGCCUGGGUCCCCAGCCCCUGCCCCCAGCCUGGGCUGUGUGCCUUCCUGCUGCUGCUGCUGCUGCUGCCUCGGGGGACCCAGCCCCAGGCCAGAGGGGAUGGCACAGAACCCCCAGAACCUAAUGCCACAGCCCCCYUUGGGGGCCCCAUGAUCCCUGUGACCUCUGUGACCCCCAAGACCCCAGCAACAAGUGCUCCAGAGGCAGAGGUGGAGGCAGAGGGACCCCAAGGUGGGGAGCGCCAGUCCCCAACCAGGGUGGCUCCCUCCCGCAGUGGCCCAGGAAGCCAAGUGCUCACCGAGGCCGGGCAGCCCUGCAGGUUCCCCUUCCGCUACGGAGGCCGGAUGCUACACUCCUGCACCCUGGAGGGAAGUGCCCGCAGGAAGUGGUGUGCGACCACUCACAACUAUGACCGGGACAGGGCCUGGGGCUACUGUGUGGAGGUUGUCCUGCCUCUGGAGGACCCAGCUGCCCUUGACCCCUGUGCCUCCGGGCCUUGCCUCAAUGGGGGCACGUGCUCCAGCACCCAAGACCCCGUGUCCUAUCAUUGCACCUGCCCCCUGGCCUUCACUGGCAAGAACUGCAACAUCGGGAAGUGCUUCGACGAGACCCGCUACGAGUACCUGGAGGUGGGUGACCGCUGGGCCCGAGUGCACCAGGGCCACGUGGAGCAGUGUGACUGCGUGGACGGCCAGGCCCGGUGCAAAGAUGCCCACCACACAGCUUGCCUGAGCAGCCCAUGCCUGAACGGGGGUACCUGCCACCUGAUCCUGGGCACUGGGACCAGCGUCUGCGCCUGCCCGCCAGGCUAUGCUGGGAGGCUCUGCAACAUUGUGCCCACAGAGCGCUGCUUCCUGGGGAAUGGCACUGAGUACCGUGGCGUGGCCAGCACGGCGGCCUCGGGCCUGGGCUGCCUGGCCUGGAACUCCGACUUGCUGUACCAGGAGCUGCACGUGGACUCGGUGGRCGCUGCCGCCCUGCUAGGCCUGGGCCCCCACGCCUACUGCCGGAACCCGGACAAGGAUGAGAGGCCGUGGUGCUACGUGGUGAAGGACAACGCGCUCUCCUGGGAGUAUUGCCGCCUGGCCUCCUGUGAAUCCUUGGUCAGAGUCCAGCCCCCACCCCCUGAGGUCCUGGUGACCCUGCCAGAGCCAGCCCCRGCUGGACGCCCAACCUGUGGCAAGAGGCACAAGAAGAGGACAUUCCUGCGGCCACGGAUAGUGGGCGGCUCCUCCUCCCUGCCUGGCUCCCACCCCUGGCUGGCUGCCAUCUACAUAGGGGGCAGCUUCUGUGCUGGGAGCCUCAUCCACACCUGCUGGGUUGUGUCUGCUGCCCACUGCUUCUCCAGUAGUCCCCCCAGGGAGAGCGUCUCGGUGGUGCUGGGCCAGCACUUCUUCAAUCGCACCACAGACGUGACCCAGACGUUUGGCAUCGAGAAGUACAUCCCCUACUCCCUGUACUCGGUGUUCAACCCCAGUGACCAUGACCUUGUCCUGAUCCGGCUGAAGAAGAAGGGCGAGCGCUGUGCUGUCCGCUCCCAGUUUGUCCAGCCCAUCUGCCUGCCCGAGCCUGGUGUCUCCUUCCCCUCUGGACAAAAGUGCCAGAUCGCAGGCUGGGGCCAUGUGCACGAGAAUGCGAGCAGCUACUCCAGCUCUCUACGGGAGGCACUGGUACCCCUGGUCCCUGACCACAAGUGCCACAGCCCCGAGGUCCAUGGUGCCGACAUCAGCCCCAACAUGCUCUGCGCGGGCUACUUCGACUGCAAGGCUGACGCUUGCCAGGGUGACUCGGGUGGGCCCCUGGCCUGUGAGAAGAACGGGGUGGCCUACCUGUAUGGCAUCAUCAGCUGGGGCGAUGGCUGUGGGCGCGGCAAGCCAGGCGUGUACACCCGCGUGGCCAACUAUGUGGAUUGGAUCAGUGACCGGAUACGGCCUUCCAAGCGGCCUGCGGCGCCCUCCUGAAGCUCAGGACAKCCGUCCUUUCCCACUGCCUGCCUCGCUGACAAUAAAGACC